AUUUGCUGGAGGGCUUGAAGGUUGCUCUGAAGGUCAACAUCAAGUUAUUCAUUUUCGCAGGACCUCUGACGUCUUCAUCAAUCCAGUAUGUUAUCAUAUGAUGCUGAAAAAUAUGUCAACGAUCCUAUUAUUGAAAUGCAGUGGGCUGAAAAGUGUUUCCGUCAUUCAGAAGCUUAUUUCCAGUUGCUUUGUUCAGCUCCCAACUUGUCGCAACUCAGACUGACUGCUAUAGAUGACGUUAUAUUUGAAGAAUUUAUGAAGACAUUUAGUGAUUUAAAUUUAUCUAUCAUUUCGGAAGAUUUGUUAAAAUCAAGGGAGUCCAAAAAAAAAUGGUGGAUAUUUUGUAACAAAUUUGAAAAUAAAGUUGAAGACUUCAACUUUGGAACUCUGUUGAGACUUGAUGCUUCGAAAGGAUAUUGUCCAGAAAACACAUGUGUUGUGCCUAGAAUACAGUUCCUUGCAAUAGAAAUUUCGCGUAACCGUCUUCAGAUCAAUAAUCAAGAGAAACUUAAACAAUUAAAAGAAUAAGCAACUUCACUUGUACAUUUGUAUAUUUAUUUAUUCUUCAUUGCGGUGGUUGUUCUCAAACAUUCGUAUGUUGCUUUUUACUGGCAGUCUGUAUCAGCAUUGUUUCUUACGUUGAGUUUUAAAGAUUCUAGACAAAAUCAAAACCCAGAUGGUUUAUCUAAAUUUCUUUCUGUAAUAUACUUUAUUCAAAUAUACUGUUGGUCACACCUUAAAGUGUUGUACGUAAGCACACAGUCAAAGAAAUAAUACUUUUGUAUCAUUGUUUUUUUUGUCAAAUAAAAGUAUUCUAAUAUAGAUUUAUAAUCUACCAGUG